AUGACGACUCGGACUAUGAAGCAAUGGGUUCUACACGGUAAAAGCGGCAUAGAUGCUCUGAAACUCGAGGAGACUGGUAUUCCGCAACCAGGAGAAAAUGAAGUCCUCAUCAAAAUACAUACAGUAUCGCUGAAUUUUAGAGACUUAAUGAUUGCCACUGGGACAUAUUACUGGAAACAGUCAGACGCGGUAGUCCCCGUCUCAGACGGAGCAGGGGAAGUCAUCAGUAUCGGAGCCAAAGUCAAACGGUUCAUACCAGGACAACGUGUGAUGCCUACAUUCUUCCAGGGCUAUAUCAGCGGUACUCUGUCCCAACAACACAUGGACUCAGCUCUGGGCGCACUACCCGACGGCGUUCUCCGCGAAUAUGCCGUCUUUAACGAAGACAGUCUUGUCCAUAUACCUUCUAAUCUCUCAUAUGAAGAAGCUUCAACUCUGCCCUGCGCCGCCCUUACUGCAUGGAACUGUCUGUACGGCUCAAGACCGCUUCAGCCAGGCGAUACUGUCCUGACCCAGGGAACCGGCGGCGUAAGCAUCUUCGCGCUACAAUUCGCAGUAGCCGCGGGCGCUGAGACAAUCGCGACAACAAGCUCGGAGACAAAAGAGCAGCGAUUGAAACAACUAGGUGCACAUCAUGUGAUCAAUUAUCGCAAAGAUCCUGAAUGGGGCACGACCGUGAGAAAGCUAUCACUCAAUCAGCAAGGUGCCAACUAUGUGGUUGAAAUCGGUGGACCGGGAACUCUGCAACAGAGCUCAAAGGCUGCUGCCGUAGGCGGCGAAGUGGCUAUCGUGGGGAGACGUAGUGUAGAUGCUGGUAGCAAAGAAGUUGCUGCGUGGAAUCCGCAUGCUGUCGUUCACAGUACGCGACGCAUUGCGGUUGGCAGUCGUUUGCAGUUUGAGGAUAUGAAUAGGGCUAUUGAGGUGAACAAGAUCCGGCCGGUAAUUGAUCGGGUAUUCGCUUUUGAGGAUGCUAAAAAAGCGUUCAAAUAUGUCUGGAAUCAGGAACAUAUAGGAAAGGUUGUCAUUCGAGUUGCAGGGGAUAUAUCAUCCUGA